AUGGCGGGUCCGUGUACAUCCGGGUUCUGGAGGUGGAUAGUCCUGGUGGUGAUGGCGACGACUGCAACAGUCACUGGGCAAGAAUGUCCAAUAGCAGGCUACGUCAGUGUAGACGGGGUUUGCUACAAGGACUUUGUUGAGAAGAAGACGUACGAUGCGGCCAGACAGACAUGUGCGGCAGACGGGGGACUGCUGGCCAUGCCGAAAGACAACACGGCCAACUCUGCUGUCUACAAUCUAGUAGGAGCUGGAAAGCGUUGGAUUGGGCUGACUGACAUCGACAUCGAAGGGCAGUGGCUAUUUGAAGACGGCCAAACCCUUGCGUCAGCCGGCUACAAUGACUGGAACAUCGAUGAGCCGAACGAUGCUGGAGGCGGCGAGGACUGUUUGGAAGUUGAUGUAGACUCACGCUCCUGGAACGAUAACAACUGCGGCAGCGGCUUCGGGUUCGUCUGUCAGCUAGUGGCACUGCGCUCGAGACUGACCAGUGAUGAUGCCGGGAUGAGUCAUCUCUCCGUCUCUUGGGCAACCGGAAUCCUCCCGAUCUCGGGCUACACGCUCCGCUACCAGCCGGCAGACGGGUCGGGCUCGCCCCAGGACCUCUCCCCGGCACCAGGAGCGGGAGCCACCUCGGCGACCGUGUCGGGGCUGCUGGCCGACACAGAGUACACCCUCACGCUGACUUCUUUUGGUGAUGAGGGCCAGCCAAACGGGGUUAUCAGCGGGACAUUCACCACAGAUCCGGUUGUUGUGAACGUACAGUGCACCCAGGACAGUAUGAGUCUGUCCAUCCCCCGUGCGGCGCUGCCGGCUGUGAACGUGGAGGACCUGCACCUGCUGGACCCGGACUGUGGAGCUACUGAGGACGAAGACGAAGAUGUCUUUGAGUUUCAGACGCACCUGCAGGAGUGCGGAACACUGCAAGAGACCUCAGGUGAGGACAAAGUCAUCUUCUCCAACGUUGUCAUCGCCAAUCAAGUGACUUACGAGAACGGCGCCGUGCGUAACCAGCCGGUAAACCUGCCCUUCCAGUGCGAGUUCCUCCGUCAGUACGGCGUUAGUCAGGGCGGGGACAUCAUGUUUAACAUCCCCCCUCCCCGUGUUGAUGUCGUUCAUGCGGACAACACUUUCACCCUGGAGAUGCAAAUCUACACUUCAACAGACUUCAGUACAGAGUACCAGUCUUCUGAAUUCCCUAUUAAGGUCAAACCUUCUGACCGUCUUAACUUUGGUCUGAGUGUGGCAUCACCGCUGGACAACCUGGAGCUGUUCGCCCGUGACUGUGUCUCCACCCCCACCACCAGCCCUGACCACUCCACCAGGGUCAACAUCAUAGACGACGGCUGUCAGGUCGAUCAAACUCUCCAGAAGGACCCUGCCCUUUCUAACGACAAGGCACAGUACUACAGCGUGGCCGCCUUCACCUUUCCCAAUGCUCUCGAUUCCAGCCUGGUGUACUUCCACUGCACAAUGAUUAUCUGCUUCAAGGACGACCCCGACUCUCGGUGCAAACAGGGCUGCAUUCUGCCAGCAGCACGGCCCAGGCGAGCCGUCUCGGACGGGACGGAGGGCAGGGUUCGCCGGGAGAGCAGCAGGGACCAGGCGGUGGACAUCACCCGGGGACCGUUCCAGGUCAAACAAGAAGCUGGAGCAGGGCCAGCUGUAGUCCCGCUGGGUGCCGCAGUCGGAGCGUCUGUUGGAGUUGCCGGGAUCAUGGCACUCCUGAUCCUGGCAGUGGUUCUGGUCAGAAAGCGGCAGGCUUUGGAGAACAUGAAGCGCGAUGACAACACUGCUGGAAUGGACAACUACGCUUUCCAGGUUUGGGGAAAGACGGACAAGACUGGCGCUGCUGACACCAAGACAUAA